UAGGCAUGGAGAGACAAUGCUUGUGUUUGUGCAAAGGCCCCUGAGUGGCGGCUCUGUCGGAUCUCUUGCGCCUGACUACGGCUGAUACACACAUAGUCAGCGAGCUGAGUGGGAAGUGGACGACUUUAUCUGACCGGUCAAUGCAUUGACAGAGCCAGUUCCAAGGUGAUUUAUUUUUAGAAAAGAGUGGCUGUUCUCCCCAAAAGGAAGGGUGUGAAGAUUGGCACACCAUUCUAGGAGGCUGGCCCGGGUGGGCCGUGGAAGGUUUGUGCUGACACUUUUGCCGCAGAGAGAGAAGAAUUGGAGGAAACAGUUAAAGCGUGGCCACCAUGGCCGAGAAAGUGAGCCUCCCUGCUAAGCUGAUUAAUGGGGGCGUGGCUGGACUGGUGGGCGUGACCUGCGUGUUUCCCAUUGAUCUCGCCAAGACCCGCUUACAAAAUCAGCAGGGUGCUCGUGUUUAUAGUGGAAUGCUGGACUGUUUGGCAAAGACGAUCAAAAUGGAGGGCUACUUUGGCAUGUAUCGAGGUGCAGCUGUGAAUCUUACACUCGUCACUCCAGAGAAAGCCAUCAAACUGGCUGCCAAUGAUGUCUUUAGACAGAAGCUCUCCAAAGAUGGAAAAUUACCACUGUGGGGGGAAAUCCUUGCUGGCUGUGGGGCCGGGACCUGUCAGGUGGUAGUCACCACCCCCAUGGAAAUGCUAAAAAUACAACUGCAGGAUGCUGGCAGGUUGGCUGCUCAGCGGACUGUCACUGCCUCUGCCCCUGCUCCGACUCCCUCGCUUGUGGCCUCUCAGACGGCCCAGCCAGGCACCAACGCCCCUCCUCGAGCCUCAGCGACUCGCAUCACCCUGGAGCUACUCAAGACCCGAGGCCUCAGGGGUCUUUAUAAGGGUGCAGGUGCUACACUGAUGAGGGACGUUCCGUUCUCCAUGAUCUACUUCCCGCUGUUCGCCAACCUCAACGUUGUGGGCCGCACUGAGGAUCGCCAUAGCAACCCCCAGGAUCGGGCCCCCUUCCUGCAGUCUUUCGUGGCUGGUUGCACGGCCGGCUCGGUGGCGGCGGUAGCUGUCACUCCUCUGGACGUUAUAAAGACCCGCCUACAGACCUUACAGAAGGGAGAGGGAGAAGACUCCUAUAAAGGCAUCAUUGAUUGCACACAACGCAUUUUAAAACGAGAGGGACCAAGCGCGUUUCUCAAGGGAGCAACGUGUCGUGCUUUGGUCAUCGCUCCGCUCUUUGGCAUCGCUCAGGGCGUGUACUUCCUGGGCCUCGGCGAGCACCUGCUGGGCCUGCUGGGAUAGCAGCAGGUGAUGUCACCUUAAUCAUCAUACACACAUUACUGUUUCUACACGGGCCACGAGAUGACGAUGAGAGAUGAAGGAAGUUGUGACAGUGAACAAAAGAAGGUUCCAGACUUUAUUUACGAAAAGGUAAUGAUGGAGAGAAAUUCAUGUACCCAACCAAAGGAAGUUCAGACCCUUUGGAAGAACAGAGGAGGGUUGUGUAAUGCUAACAUAAAAGCCUGUAUUGCACACUAACCAAGUAUGCUACCUAAAACUGCAAACAGGGUUCUUUAGGUAAGACAGGGUCCUGGAAGGGUGAUUAUUUUUAUGUCUUAAAGCCCAGUUACAAUCAGUAUUAAACCAACAUGUUUCAGGAUUGAUCGAUCUGUUGUAAACAGGUUCGAUGUGUAUUUAGAUUGAAGGGAGACUUUAAUUAAAGUUUAAAUGGAUUGAGAACUACCAAAUUGUCCUAAUUCCCACCCCUUUAAACAGCAAAAAACUCAAAAACAGUUUGCAGGGUCUGUUGACCUAAUUUAAUUCUUGUCUCUCAAUAAAUCUGAAGAGACUGCUGGGAUUGUCUUCCUGUUACAUGUUCCUCUGUGAGACAGAAUUCCUAUAGGCUAUAAUGUUGGCAUGAUAUUUUUUAAAUUAUUUUGUUGAGUGCGCAUUAAAUUAAAAAGCCUUAUUCUUGCCACUCAAGUUUUUCACUAAAAAAAAAUAACAAAACGUAAUAUAAAUUACCAGUGGAUUUUAAAGUGUUAUAUAUAUAUAUUUCGCCUUGAGUAAGAAAGAAUACAGUGAAACGUAUAGAGAAAUGAGGUCUUGAGUAGUUUAAUUUUUCAAGAUAUUUCAAUUUAAAAUACAGUAUUAUAACAAUAACAAGCAUUUUAUAGAUGCCUUGGAAGGCAAAACCUGAUUUUUUAGAAAGAAAGAAAAAACAGUCUUCAUAUUCAUGUUAUACUGAAUAAUUUUGAUAAGCAACAAGCAAUCUGUACAUUUUAAAUAUGCAAGACUGAUAUAGGCUAUGUGUCUCUGCUUAUUCAGUUUAUUCAUCAGCCUUUGUAUUUUAAAGUCUUUUUGAAAACAUGGUCUGGAGUCAUUUGAUUAUGUAAAACAUGCACCACAACCGAUGCUAAUUUGCAUUUGAUAUGUCUGAUUUCCACAAGGCGACAGCGUGUUUUUAAUAUUUGAGGUAUUUUUCUGUAACCCUCUGUCAGAUGUACGACUUGAUUUCUUUCCUGAACGGUGGGUAAAGUGUAACCAACAAGCGAUGCUUUGUUUAUAUUGUAAUGGGCACAGAAAUGCUUCAGAACAUAAAUAAAAUAUAUUUGAUUUAUUUAUC